AUGCUUAUUUGCGCUUUUACGAAGGGGAAUGAGCUGACAAGAUGUUGCAGCGGUGGCGCUCGUCACUUCCUACAGCACUCCAAGUGUUCACAGAUUCGGACUGAGGGUUCCAAAGUAUCUUGUAGACGAGCGGCUUCUAUAUGUUGCCUUCGAGCAUUGCUGGACAGGAGUUGUGAACAGGGUACUAAAAUGGCACAAGGAGGCAGUUGCGCUACUACUCUUCGGAUGGUUGGAGAAGGAAUUCGUAAGGAGUGUUGCGAAUGCUGUAUGUUGGCAAGGGAAUUAAGUCGACAACAUCUGCAAUGUGUAGCUCCAGUUGGAUUUGGUACUGCUUGUUUGAAGUCGUUUAACACGUGCUGUACACCAACCACUCGAAGCUUUUUUUACACUCGACGUCGACCGGAAUCAAUGGAUCUUCGGAUCGAAGAUCGAUGUAAAACAGCAAAAUGCACUCAUUUUUGUAAUGACAGAGGUGGCGACGACGUCGAAUGCAGUUGCCGGACCGGUUUUAGCUUGGCACCGGACGGUUUCACCUGUGUCGAUGUUGAUGAAUGCCUGUUGUUGCUUGAUAACUGUCUGGAAGGACAACUCUGCCUCAACACUCCCGGAUCGUUUAAAUGUAUCCGAACCUUAUCUUGCGGUACGGGAUACGCUUUGAAUAGCGAAACAGAGCAGUGCACCGAUGUUGACGAAUGCGCUUUGGGCUCUCACGAUUGCGGUCCACUGUAUCAUUGCAGGAAUACACAAGGCAGCUACCGCUGUGAUCCAAAAACUUGUCCAGAGGGUCAGAUAAUGAACUCGAUAACAGGAGAAUGUUCAGUCAUUGAUUGCCCUCUCGGAUAUGAACCUUCUGAAAAUGGUUAUGUCAACGAGUGCAAAAUUGUUGGACGAUGUCAGCAAUAUGAAGAAUGCAUUAAUACUCCAGGCUCGUACAGGUGCCAGGAAAGGGGAAAUCUUUGCACAAGUGGUUAUCGUAUGGACAGAAAUACCGGUUUCUGCAUGGAUAUUGACGAAUGUGCCGAAGGUACGCACACUUGUGAGGACAAGCCAUGCAUCAACCUUUAUGGGACUUAUAAGUGUCGCUGUCCAAAUGGAUUCGACUUUAAUGAAACAACGAUGCGAUGUGAGGAUAUAGACGAAUGUGUGCGAUACGCUGGCCAUGUUUGUUCACCUCAAGCCAGUUGCGAGAACACUUUCGGUUCAUUUCGGUGUCACUGUGGCGCUGGAUUCAAGCUUGCAAAAGACGGCAGAAACUGUGAAGAUAUCGACGAGUGCGCCUUGGGUAUUGCCAAAUGCGCUCAGCGUUGCGUUAAUAUCCCAGGGUCUUAUCAAUGCAUAUGCGACAGAGGUUAUCAACUGGGAAGAGAUGGGGCCACAUGUGAAGACACUGACGAAUGCGCAUUAUGGGCUGGAAUGAGUGACCUGUGUAUGGGUGGGUGCAUAAAUACACCCGGAUCUUUUAAAUGUGAUUGUCCGGAUGGUUAUGAGCUUCAGUCGGAUGGACGAACCUGUCUGGAUAUUGAUGAGUGCCAAAGAGGAGAGUGUCAGGGAAAUGAGAAAAUCUGUGUGAACACAUUGGGAAGUUUCAAGUGCCAUCGUAUUAAAUGCCCACUAAACUAUGCGCACGACAAAAACUACAAGAACCGUUGUAAUCGUGAACGAGGUGCAUGCGAUGGCUUGUCAGAAUCUGCAUGUAAGAAUAUGCCGUUACAUAUCACUUGGCAAUACAUAGCAAUUCCUCGUUUAAUACCGCUGUCAGAUCAGCAAACAUCUAUUACGUUGUUUACCAUCAAAGGACCGACAAAUCCGGUGACCACCGCACAAUUUGAAUUGAACCUAAGAAGGACAAAAACAGUUUUAGAAAACAGUACCAUUAUGCCAGCUGUUCGAAGUAAUUUUCUGUUGCAAAAAGGUGACGCGAUCAACUCAGCAAUUGUUGCAAUUCGAGAUUCACUUGAUGGGCCACAAGAAGUGCAUCUGGAACUGGUUUCACGCCUUAGUAUCAAUGAUAAAUUUUAUGGCAAAUUUACUGCAAAUUUGAUCAUUUAUGUUGGAGCCCAUAGACGUCAGAAACACAUGCAAAUUUAA